GAGGUCUCCAUUAUGGCCUCCAUCAGGCAACUCCUCCGCACUCAGCCUCACCCCAAGGUCCAAACCAUAACCUGGACUCUUCUUUUUCCUCGCAUUCGGUUAGUAGCGGUCGUCCGGUGUUCAAGUGCCGAAGAUGGAGCAUCCACGGCCGUCAUGUCGCGAGCAUUUCCACGUCGCCAUCGUCUGCGCCCUGGCUCUCGAGUUCGAUGCCGCUUGGUCACAACUCGACGAGGUCUGGGACAACGAGCCCGGAGGCUCGGCAUUCGGCAAGUUACCCGGCGACACCAACAUAUACGUCAAUGGACGGAUCCGGCAACACAAUGUUGUGCUAGUCCUGCUAUCGAACGGGAUGGGCAAGGUCAACGCCGCCCACGUCACCAACAACCUCCGUUUCAGCUACCCCAACGUUCGCAUUACUUUGCUGGUCGGCAUCUGUGGCGGCGUGCCCAAGUCUGAGGAUGACGAAAUCCUCCUCGGUGACGUUGUCAUCAGCAGCUCCCUCGUCCAAUAUGAUUUUGGGAGACAGUAUCCGGAUGGCUUCCGCCGCAAGGGCAGCUUGAACAAACUUAACCCUGAGAUCCUGGGCAUUCUGGGCAUGCUCAAAACCAACCACAAGGAUCUGACGCGCAAGAGGGCCGUGUCAUCCUUGAGGGAGUUGCAACAACGGGAGCCAAAGUACGCGUUUCCCCGAGCAGCACAAGACAAAUUGUUCCAGCCCAAAUACCGCCACAAGCACCAGGGUUCGCCGGAUUGCGAGUGCCGGGAUCACGGCAACGAGCUUGACCCUGUCUGCGAAAAAGCCAUAGAAAGUACCUGUGAGGAGGUGGGCUGUGAGGACGGUUUCCUGGUCCAGAGAAGUCGGCUCGAGCAGCGUGUGGAAAACGCCGAUGGUACCGCCUUCGAUCCCGCCAUUCACGUCGGGGCCGUUGCCUCUGGGGACACAGUGAUGAAGUCUGCAACCAGGCGCGACAAAAUCGCCGAGAAGGAGGGCAUCAUAGCCUUUGAGAUGGAGGCGGCCGGCAUCUGGGAACACCAACCGUGCCUUGUUAUCAAAGGGGUUUGUGACUACGCAGACAGCCACAAGAACAAGAAGUUCCAGGACUACACGGCUGCAACCGCAGCCUCGGUGGCCAAGGCACUCCUAAUGCUGUACACGCCAGCAGAGAAGACGGGCCCCACGGCCAUCAAACUCUUCGCGCCAAAAUGGACCGUCCAGUUCCCCCAGGAUCCUGACUUUGUCGACCAAGCCGAGAUUUCCACCUGGCUAAAGGACAUGUUCAAUCUGCCAGGGGUCCGAGUCGCACUUCUAGGACUCGGGGGUAUCGGGAAGUCCCAGCUCGCCAUCCAGUUUGCCUACGCAGUCCGAGACAAAUCACACGUCUUUUGGGUCAACGCGACCACUAGAAGUACGCUGGAAGAAUCGUACCGCUCCAUAGCUCAGAAGCUGGGUUUAGAGCCCCCCGAUGACUCCUUGAAAAGUAUCAAUCGCUGCGUCAGCGACUGGCUUAGCGAUGAACGAAACGGCCGGUGGACGGUGGUGCUUGACAACUUCGACGACUCCUCCGUUCUUACCGACGACGACCCGCGUCUGACCAAGAUCCUGCCCGAGACGAGCAACGGGUUCACCCUGGUCACUUCCCGUACGCUAAUGGCGGCCGAAAAGCUGGUCGGAAACUCCAAGCAUAUUUACCAUGUCACGGCCAUGAGGGAGGAGGUGGCCAUGGAGCUGUUUCAGUCCAAGCUCAAGGAGCCCUGCGGAAAAGGGGAAGCCCAGGAAGUCGUCCGCCUCCUCGGCAACAUACCGCUAGCUAUUUCCCAGGCCGCCGCCUUCAUCAACCGUCCCAACUCCCAGGCGUCGGUGGGUGGAUAUGCAGAGAAGCUUCGGAGCACCGAUACGCAGAACAAGUUGCUCGAGUGGGAGCACGACGACGGCCGUCGCUACCAAGGCGCCUCGACUUCGGUCCUCGGCACCUGGACCGUCACAUUCAACCAGAUCCAGCGGGAGAGGUCGUCGGCGGCCCAUCUCUUGUCUCUGAUGAGCUUCUUCAGCCCCCAGUCUAUUCCCGGGUGGGCUCUGAAGAACUGGUACGAGUCUGACCCCUCGGAGCUUCCCUGUUUCACUAACAGGGAUGUUCUGCCCUCCUACGCAUCCGAUGUGCUCUCGUUUGUCAGUGCGGGCCGUAACUACCUCAACCGGCCACUCAAGGCGGACGAAAAGACUCACCAGCCCUGGGGUCGUUGGGCGGGAACCGACUUGGACAGGGGCGGAAACCUCCCUACCCAGUCCAAGAAGCCUCGGUUUUCGUCCAUUAGCAGGGCUUUGAAGAGUGACUGGUGGUCAUCCAAGUCCGGGAGCCGUAGUGUAGGCGAUACUGCUUCCACUUCUGCUGUCGGCCCUGGCGAAGAGUUCGAAAGAGAUCUCGAAACGCUGCUCGGAUACUCCCUAGUAAUGCCCACGGCAAGUGAGGGCGUGUUCAAGAUGCACCCCCUCGUCCGGGACUGCACUCAGACUUGGAUAUCACGGUCAGGGAAUAUCGGGGAGUGGAAAAAGCGGUUCUUAGUGGCCGCGUACGUCAAUAUCGACGCCUUCAAGGACAGGAACCGGUUACAGCAAGGCCUCGGCAUCCAUUUCGAUCCCCUCGCCGAAGAGCCAGAGGAUGCGCCGACGGCAAGGCUCUGGUUUGGCCUUGCCUGGUCCAUCCAUUGGACCUGGCAGGAGACCGGGAUCGACUCGACGCCGCUGGCGAACAAGAUGAUUGCUGUUGGGGAAAGGCUCCUGGGGCCGGCAGACAGGUUUACCCUCACCUCCAUGGAUCUCAAGGCGAGGUCGCUUGUGGCUGGGAGGGAAUACGGCACAGCAGAAGCCGUGUACAAGGACCUUCUUCAACGGGCAGAGACUGCCAAUCAGCAGAAUUCCUACGUCAUGCAGGAGUCGAGGCUGGCAUACGCCAGGAUGCUAACGUAUAUCGGUCGGCUCGAUGACUCGGAGCGGCUCGCCCGGGGCAUCGUCGAAGACCGGAUGCGAGUCCUCGGCCCGAAGAACGAUGACACCCUCUGGAGCCUGGGAAACCAUGCCUCGGCCUUGACGAAGAUGGGGAGGUUCGAGGAGGCCUGCGGCAUCGUCAAGGGUCUGCUACAGGAAGACUGGACGGACAGAGAGGAAUUCGUGCACGAAGUUACCAUGAACUGCAUCGCCGGGAUCGCGCUGUCCAUGUCAUCGCACGACCCGGCAAAAGAAGUAGAGCCCUUGUUGCGGGAAAUGGCCGACUUUGUCGAACGGGAUCCCAAGACAUGCACUUGGUUCCCGUACGUCAUCCAGGGACCCUUUCACCUCGCCCUUUCUCAGUGUCUCGAAAAGCAAGGAAAGAAAUACGAGGCUACGAAGGCGGGUAACAUUGGCAUAGAGCUCAUGGCCAACGUCAUUCCGAUGCCGAGCCUCCAGCCCCCUACCCUCCUAGCAAGCCUACUAGACGAAAUGGAUGAGAACGGGGAACGGAGGGAGACCCUACUACAGAGCGUCAUUGAGAACCUACGCAGCGAAAAUGCGACGCUAGACUACGCUUUCUGCUGGGGUAUGGUCAACAUCGGCCGCCGAUUGAGUAUGCAAGACCGGGACGACGAAGCACUCCAGCUCCUCGACGCCAUAUGUAACCACCUGGACGGCCAUAGCGCAUACGGCAGCGCCCACAAGGUGACUACUUUGGCACGUUUGUUUUCUAGACACUUCAAAGACACUUGGUCCGAGAAACGACGGAAUGCCAGGCGGGAGGAGAGCAGGAGUCAGAGCAUGUCUACAUGUAUGGACUCGAAUGCCGAGACCCUCAGAGACUUGACUCUGAACUGAGGGCCGUUUGUACUGUACAUGGGCGACGAGGGAACACAAGGUGCGCCCUUUGUUACUGAACCAACAGCGUAGGCACCAUGAAGAGCCAGCUAGCAAAGGUCAGAUAAUGGUGAGAACAAAGUCAUUGUCAGUCGAGUGGUUCUAUUCAGAAAGGGGAGGAAGGUCAAGUUACAUCUUGUCAUGAUUCAACAUAUAUACACCUUCAGUCCCUGUCAGUCUCCGCUGUUUCCACUCGCCAUCG